UGGGACGGCAAGUUCAAGAGCGAGACCGCGAUUUUACGGUGUUCGAAUCCAGUCCUCGACGCUGCAGACAGCUCUCGAUCCAGCCGGGCGACCGACGACGUGAAAAUGAAGUGAGAAUUUCCCAGCAGUUUUUUUUCCUCUCGAGUGAUUGAGCCGUACUCUGAAGAAAUCGACCGGUGAGCGAUCGAAGACGCGAAAAAUGGUGGGCAAGAACGCGCUGGUUAUAUACGUGACGACCAUCGUUUGUGCUACAAUAAAUUCAGCCCUUGCCAAAAUGCCGAUGAAAUGCGAAGGGGGUACAGGCUUGAAGUACUUGUGGGGGGACGCGCUGGUGGAUCAGCCCGAUUGCGUGGGCCCCAAUAACAUGCCAUAUCCGACGCCUGCCAUAGAUAGAACGUUCAAAGGAUCGAAGCUGUGGUCCGGUACGUUCAGAACGGGAAGAUCUCAAAAAACCAUUGAUCCGUUCACGACGAGAAAUCUGCUGCUUUCAUCUCAUCGAAGGAGCUUAGAUAGCGAUGAUUUUACCGUUUCUAGACAAGGGAGAGCUGCUUCGACUUCUCCUGCGAACAUGUGCGGUUCGGCGCCGUCUAGAUUGUGCAAAACGAGAUACAACACCACUGCCCCUAUGUACGGGGUGUCCCUGACGUCCGGGCAACCGGUAACAAUUGUCCAGAAGUUCCCAGAUCUCCUGCAGCAAGUUGUAUUCGAGGUGUGCGAGAGUUCGGAAUGCGACGUGGUUCGAGGUGAAUGCACGCAAACGUACGUUCCCUAUCUGUUCUUAGUGAUUCCUUUAGGGCCGGUGACGCUCACUGGACAGGACUAUGUGUUGGUGGAGAGCGGUUGCGUUUGUAGGCCUAAGAAUGCCGGUCAGAAUAAUCACGAUGCCAGCGCCAUAUCUGCGAUUCCGAGAGUUUGAAACUAAAAUUUGUAGCGCGGCGCGAAUUUCUUGUUGUUGGAGGUUUCGAUGGUGUUUCGACGGUUUCUUGUGAAUUCAAAAAAACUUAUGUUAAGAUGUUGUUCUUGUUUGCAUUAUGUACUAUUGUUGACAAUUCAUUUUUCUUGCCAACAAAGCUGUACGGACAUGUCCGGAAACUAUAUCAAAAUGACGCACUUCGAUGUAAAUUGUAAAUGAUUUCUAUAGGUGGCGGGA